AUGGUAACCGCAAACGACACUGGUACUUCUGCUAAUCAAGAUGACUUGAUCUACUCAGUCCAACAGCAACAAUACGAUGACAUUGAUCCAGAUUACGAAAAUACGCCUGAUGCUAUUCCUCAGGUCCUUGAUUUAGACUUGCGUGGCUCCCGUGUUAAAUUAGACAGGGAAACGCUUGUGAGUCUGCCAGAAAGUCUACUGAUUGCCAUGUUUCCUAAUGGCCUCGUAUUGGGAAGAAGAGAUCCAUCCACUUACGACAGCAGUGAGGAGGAGGACUAUGACGACGAACCUGCAGAGCAAGGGAACGAAGCAUCAGGCAACCGAGGGGAGCAAACAACAGAAGCAGAGGACAUCUUGACAACAUAUGUAGAUUUCGAUGCUGCUUGUUUGAAAUAUGUGCUCACGUUUUAUCAGCAAGCACAAGAGGCACGAGAUCAGCAACAAGAAGUGGAGUCCAUCUUUGCUUCAACUCCGGCGGCACAAUACUAUCCAUCCUUACUGGGUAAACAACCUAUUAUCGUCUUGAGAGAAGAGUUGGAGUACUAUUGCGUGGUAUCAUCCAGCAAGAAGGAAAAUCAUGAAAAAGUCAAAUUGGCUGCAGGAGAAUAUCUGAAGCGACACGAUCAAGUAUUCGCAGCUCUGCAAAAGAACAUUGCAAGAGAGAAUAAUGUGGCGGAGCAGCAUUUGAUUGACAUGCUAUGUGAUGCUGGAUUUACGAGAGAAGAUAGUUGGGGACAUCGUGAAUUGGAGCCAAGCAAAACAUGCAUUAUCAGCAUGAGCUUGGUGCUGCUCAAGACAACAGGGCCAGACAAUCAUAUGGCAACAGCACAGAAGCUGCUACUUUUUUGGAGAAAACCUGCAAGAAAAUGUUGGUGGGAUGGCAACACUGUUGAGAUCAAUGGGCAGUCUGUUCGCCUGUGGGCAAGACGCACUUGGACAUUAGAAUUAGUGUUGAUUUAA